UAGGUUUUUCUCCCGGGCUGCUGGGGCGUGCAGGUCCGGGUGUGCAGGGGCGCGCAGCAGCUGUGAGAACGCGCUUUUCUGGUCGCGCGCGCCGAACCGGGACUCUUAGUGGAAACCGAAGACGCGCGUGGGAGGAGCGCCUGGAAGAUGAAGAGGCAGGGGUCCUUCUCGGAGCGGAAACUGGCGCGGACUGCGUCUGGGAAGGCCGGAACAACAAAUGGAUGUCUCAUGGAAGUGUGUGUUGAUUCAGUGGAGUCAGCUGUAAAUGCCGAAAGAGGAGGUGCUGGUCGGAUUGAAUUAUGUUCAGGUUUAUUGGAAGGAGGAACCACACCCAGCAUGGGUGUUCUUCAAGUAGUGAAGCAAUGUGUCCAGAUCCCAGUUUUUGUGAUGAUCCGGCCACGCGGAGGUGAUUUUUUGUAUUCAGAUCGCGAAGUUGAGGUGAUGAAAGCUGACAUUCGUCUUGCCAAGCUUUAUGGUGCUGAUGGUUUGGUGUUUGGGGCACUGACUGAAGAUGGACACGUUGACAAAGAACUGUGUACAUCCCUUGUGGCUAUGUGCCGUCCUCUGCCAGUCACUUUCCACCGAGCCUUUGACAUGGUUCAUGAUCCAAUGGCAGCUCUAGAGACUCUUUUAACCCUGGGAUUUGAACGAGUAUUGACCAGUGGAUGUGACAGUUCGGCUCUAGAAGGGCUACCUCUAAUAAAGCGGCUCGUAGAUCAGGCAAAAGACAGGAUUGUGGUAAUGCCAGGGGGUGGUAUAACAGACAGAAAUCUACAAAGAAUCCUUGAGGGUUCGGGUGCUACAGAAUUCCACUGUUCUGCUCGGUGUGCUCGAGAUUCAGGAAUGACGUUUCGAAAUUCCUCUGUUGCCAUGGGAGCCUCUCUUUCUAGCUCAGAGUAUUCUCUGAAGGUAACAGAUGUGACUCUAGUAAGGACUUUGAAUGCUAUAGCAAAGAAUAUUGUGGUUUAGCUGGACCUCCUGAGAGACGUGGCUAUCACAGGAUGAAGACAGAAGAGUCCUUUACAGUUCUCUGCGACACAACUGUAGCCUGCUUCUCUGGCCAGGACAGUCACAGUCUUUAAGUUUCACAUGGCUAUGGGGAACGUUUCCAAGAAGAAAAAGAACUUGAAGCAGAGCUACAAUCAUUGCCUUUGCUUAGUCUGGCCACCCAGACUCAUUGCCAUGACUAAUCUGGUCUGUGCUUCUUCUGUAGACAGAGGCUUAGUCUGUUUCCAUUGGAUUAAUUGAUGAACUGAGAAAAUUCAACUGCAAGGUAUGAAUUUAGAGUGUGACUUCAGGGUCAAUUUCAUAGGAG